UAUUUGAGGUUAUGAUUUCUUUUGAAAUAGGACUUGAACUUAUCAGUUAUCCAAAAUAUUGCAAUGGGUGUUCAUGGACUAUGGAAACUAAUAGAGCCCUCUGGAAAGCCAGUUCCCGUCGAAUCGCUUGAAAAUAAAGUUUUGGCUGUUGACGUGUCAAUAUGGUUACAUCAGCUGAUGAAGGGCUACCAAACACCAGCUGGGGCGAGUGUCUCCAACGCAUACCUGCUUGGACUCUUCAGCCGAGUCUGCAAACUGCUCUUCACCAAUGUCAAACCUGUCUUUGUCUUCGAUGGAGGUGUUCCACAGCUCAAAAAGAAAACCAUUGCUGCAAGACAACAGCAGAAAAGCAAGUCUGUCCAGGCGUCGGAAAAGCUGAGAGAGCAGCUUUUGAAGAACUUGUUGAAACAGAAAGCUGUCAGCCAAGUGUUGGAGGAAAUCAGAGGACAGACGAGUCCGAAGAAAAAAGCUCCAGACAUGUUCGAACUGCCUCCCUUACCCCAAGAAGAUUCUGCAUCAGAAGUGGAAGAGAUGUCGGAGAGUUCGGAGGAAGAUGUGAAGCCAGUGAAGAUGAAAUACAAGGACCUGCACUGUGUUGAUGUCAAGAGUGCAGAGUUCAGAAGUCUUCCUGCAGACAUGAGACAUGAUAUCCUGACUGAACUGAAGGAGACUAGGAAGCAGAGCUCAUGGGGCCGCAUACAUGAGAUGCCCGAGGAGUCAACUAAUUUCUCAAAAUACCAGAUGUCCCGUCUGUUGAAGCGGCGCUCAGUUCAAGUGUCUUUGGAGGAGGCAGAGAAGGAGAUGGGAGGCCGCACUUUGAGUUUGCACGACGUAGAAGCGCUGAUGGCUGAGGGAGGGAUCGAAAUAAACCCGCAACUGGGCAAAAGGAUUGCAUCUGACGAUGUCACUAGGUUUAUAUACGUUAGAGAAAGUGACAAGCAGUCCCAAAUUCCUACUGGGGAGAAUAGUACACAAUCUAAAGGUUUCGGAAAAGAAGAAAACUCUCAAGAGCCAAAGAGUGUAUCCAAUGUGAAGAUCAAAGAGGAGAUUAUAAGCAGUGAUGAACUUUCUGAUACUGAAAUAUUGAAGGAAGUAGAAGCAAUUGAAACUAUACAUAGGAUAAGGGAAGAAACUGAAAACGUUGCUAAUAGAGAAGAAAAUAAUGAAUUUGCAACUGAAGACAUCUUUGAAAAUGACUCCAGUUCAGAAGAAACGUUUUUAAACGAUGUAAACGUAAUUUUGAAAGAAAACCGAGGUCUUUCUCAAGAACAAAUUUUAGCAAUUAUCAGAGAUCAGAAUAGAGACAAGAUAAAUCAGAUUGAUCCCAACGCACCAUCUACAAGUAAAGAAGGAAUUUCAAUAGAAGAAAGUUCGUCAGCGCAAGAUUUAGAAGUGGGAGAUAAAACUACUUCGACAACUUCAGCAUCUACAACUAACCCUCAAGAGAAAGCUUCAGACAUGCUCUAUUUCAAGAUGAUGGAUAGAAUGUACGAUUUCAAGAAUAAAAUGAAAAAAGGUAAAAAUUCAUCGGCCAAAAGAGGAGCAAAAGUUAAUAACAGUUUUGUUCCAAAUCUUGCUACUGGUAAACGAAAGCCGUCAGAUUCAAAACCUGCAGAUUUGUCUUCUUUAGCAUCAAAUACAAGUGAUUCUGAUAGAGAUUCUGAUCAUAAUUUGCCUUGUAAUGUCUCGAAGAUGGUAUCACCAAACAUGGCGAGUAUUUCUCUCUUUAAGAAAAGACCAGAGAGUAAACUUAACACGGUUGAAGAACACACGGCUACAAACGGAGCAAACAAAGUCGCAGAGUUAUCAUCUAGUGAAUCAGAUAAUGACUUUGUUGAAGUUAGUCCAUCUAAACAAAUGGACGAGAGUGUGAACGAUACUAAAGAAACUGUUGCUGGAAUAUCUAUUGAAAUUCAGCCAAAUACGGGUCCUAUUGAAAAUGACAUUUUCGCAGACAUAUUUUCACAAGAGAAUAAAGAACCAGUUAGUUUAGAGAAGAAAUUGAAUGAUAGUAGAAUCUUGAUCGAAGAACCAACAGAGAUACAAAUCAAAUUAAAUCCUAUUAAAAGUUCUAUUGAUGAUGAUAUAUUUGUUGAUGUACUGACUGAAAAUAAAAGUCGUAACAAGGCAAAUAUGGACUUUGAAAAUGUGGAUAAAAUAGAUAAUAAAAGCAUUGGUGGUACAAAUGAUACUCUUUUACACAGAAAGAGUAUUACACAGAAAAGUAUUACACAGAAGAAAAAUAACCAAGAGAAGAACAGUGAAUCAGAAGAAUCCUCAGAUGAUAUGUUACCUGUUACCGAAGAUCAGGAGAUUGCAUCAGAAGCUGAGGAAGAAACUGCAUUGCCUAAUAAAUCAACAGAAUACAAAUAUGACAACCAAAGUGAAACCCAGGACAAAGAAGGAGAGAAAGAAAGGGACAACUCAUUAACUUUUCAUAGUGACAAUCCCCAAGAGUUAGAAGAUAGCGAAGUGGUCGAUGAUCCAGCCCCGAGAGAAGAAAUGCCUUCUACUAGUGUUGAAAAACCAAAGAGGAAAUUAAAUAUGAAGCAGUUGGAAAAGUUACAGGAAAUUUUGGAAACAAAGGAACAAGAAAUCGUGUUAGACCAAAACAAAGAAGACCGCAUGGCCACUUCUAUGACUGAUCAAAUGUAUCAAGAAGCUCAGGAGUUGUUGCGGUUGUUUGGAGUGCCGUAUGUGGUAGCCCCUAUGGAGGCAGAGGCCCAGUGUGCAUUCAUGGACCUAAUGGGGCUCACGCAAGGCUCCAUCACAGAUGACAGUGACAUUUGGCUCUUCGGCGGCCGAACUGUCUACAAGAACUUCUUCGACCAGAAGAAGUUUGUUCUGGAGUUUAAAGCAGACAAUAUUAACCACUAUUUCAAACUGAACCGUAACGGCCUUGUGUUGCUGGCAUUGCUGGUCGGGUCAGACUACACGGAAGGCUUGACGGGGGUUGGCCCCGUCACUGCCCUGGAGAUACUGUCCACCUUCCCCCCGCCACAGGGGGACACCCGGGACUGUGGGGAGUUGCUGGCCAGUCUGUUGCAGUUCAAGCGGUGGUGGGAGUCAUCAGCACCUGGACAUCAGCAGCUGGCCAAGAAACUAAGGAACAUUGAUCUGCACCAGGGGUUCCCCAGCCAAGCCGUGGUGUCUGCUUACUUACAGCCGAGAGUCGACGAGUCCAGAGAGCCAUUCUCCUGGGGCUCCCCGGACCUCCCCGGACUGCGGGACUACGCUGAGAGAAGGUUUGGCUGGAGUAGGAGCAGAACCGAUCAGAUAUUGCAGCCUGUCAUCAACAGACUGUCUCAGAAAUCUAGUCAGUUGACCAUCCAUACAUUUUUCGGAGCUGUCCCGAACAUAAUGGCGCACCGAGAGCAGAUGAGUCGAAGAGUUCAGUCAGCUGUGAAUAGACUUGAAGGAGGCGGUGAAGACUUUGAACCUACUCAACCUCGACCCAGGCAACCGAGAGGCGGUCGGGGAAGAGGAAGGGGGAGAGGGAGAGGGAGAGGUCAAAGUGAAGAGGCGAGGCCGAGUGAAACAGCUGGUAGAGGGAGAGGCUCUCUGGACAUUGACGAGAACUUUGUCAAUGGGAAACUACCAGAAGUGAUUCCUCAGAGAGAGAAAGACAGGUUGGAAGCUUUGAAGAGGAAGCAGGCAGCAGUGGAGAUUUUUAAGAAGCAAAGGAAAGUUAAGAAGAGGAGGAACGUGAGGCAGAUUAAACCUGAAGCUGGACUGUCCGAGAGCAGUAGUGAAGAGAAUUGAGAAGUUAUGUUUCAAACUAUAACCAUAAAAGCAAAGUUUCUUAGUAGGAGGUUUUAGAGGAUCGGCAUAACUGUGUGAAUCAAAUAUCAGUAUUUUUGCACCAAUGGCAAUAGCUUAGUAUAAAAAUUAAGUAGAUUUAGGAUACUUAAAUGUAGAUAUCUGUGAGGAUUAUUUUCACUGUGUUUUAUAGUUGUUUAUUAUUGUAAAAAAGUUGUUGGAUUCUCUAGAUUUAGCUUCUUAAGAAUCUAACUGAGAUUUGAAACAACUGUUGGAUCUCUUAAAUAGCAAAAAAGCACAAAUGAAUAAAUAUUAUCCUACAUAAAUAACUAUAACAUAACUGAAACCUGGAAUAGCAAAUUUUACUUUUUAAUAAACGAGUGUUAUCUUUUAAAAUACCUUUUAAAAGUUUUAAUGAGGUUAAAAAUUUUACAAUUGUUUAAUGAGGUUCAAUUGCAUAAUAUUAUACACAAUUGUAACUGUUAACUGUAUAUUCCUAAAAUUUUGAUUUUAAUUGUUAUCUCACAUAAACAUUUCAGUCAUUCAAGUUUUUUGUAAGAACAUAUUUCCUAUUCUUAUUUAUUUAGUUGAAAGUUAUUUAUUCAGUGAGAAGGGAUGUUUACAAAGUUAUUAUUCAUUGUGUUCAAUAUGUUAUUUGAACAAAAAAUAUCAUCACAAUUUUUGUAUUUAAUAUCUUGUAAGA